AUGUGUCUGGCUACGCGUGACCGAUGUUUAACCUCGUUAGCGGCGGCAAAGCCGGUGCCAUUGCCACGAACAGGCGAUGACUUAUACCAACCUGGAACAAUACUUCAGCUCAAAUUCCAAUCCCACGAAUUCGCAGACUACAAAGAUUUAUCUGCUACGGUGAUUAAGCGGUUCGAACCCGUCACAUCUGCCGUCGUCCUGCUCGUCCAGCGACACUCCGACAACGAGCAACGAUAUAUUGGGGUGCCAUGGACGUCUUCCAUCGAAGAUCAUCUGCGACGCGCCAUACGUGAUAUCCAGGCCGGUGUGAUACCUGACUGGUUCGAGCUUAUAAACGAUCGUGAAAACCGACCUGAUCCCGAGCUUUGGGAGGAUUGGAUGUGGGAAGUCCUCACUUGGCUUUCGAAGAUGUCCAACUACAACACGGAACUUACUGCAUACCGGCUUUUGCAUCGACUACAAGGCCGGUAUAUCCCCCGUCUUUUUGGCGUCGUCCGUCUUCGUAUUACCCCAGAGUGUGCUCCUCUCCAUCCCAUUACCGACGUCGUCGAAGGACUCGUCCUGGAGUAUAUCCCUGGUGUUAGCAUGGAGACGCUCAAACCAACUCGUUUAUCAUUUACUGGUCUGCUGUGUCUAAAAUGA